CUCUAAUGGUACCAAGUAACGGAUUGGCCUUCCUGUAGCACGGGGACGCCAGAUCUAAGAAGAUGUCGGCAAUACAGGCCGCCUGGCCAUCCGGUACAGAAUGUAUUGCCAAGUACAACUUCCAUGGCACUGCUGAGCAAGACCUGCCCUUCUGCAAAGGAGACGUGCUCACCAUUGUGGCGGUCACUAAGGACCCAAACUGGUACAAAGCCAAAAACAAAGUGGGCCGUGAGGGCAUCAUCCCAGCCAACUAUGUCCAGAAGCGUGAGGGUGUGAAGGCAGGCACCAAACUCAGCCUUAUGCCCUGGUUCCAUGGCAAAAUCACACGGGAGCAGGCCGAGCGGCUUCUCUACCCACCAGAGACGGGCCUGUUCCUGGUGAGGGAAAGCACCAACUACCCUGGGGACUACACACUGUGUGUGAGCUGUGAAGGCAAGGUGGAACACUACCGCAUCAUGUACCAUGCGAGCAAGUUGAGCAUCGAUGAGGAGGUGUACUUCGAGAACCUCAUGCAGCUGGUGGAGCACUACACCACAGAUGCCGAUGGACUCUGCACUCGCCUCAUCAAACCAAAGGUCAUGGAGGGCACAGUGGCCGCCCAAGAUGAAUUCUACCGCAGUGGCUGGGCCCUGAACAUGAAGGAACUGAAGCUGCUACAGACGAUUGGGAAGGGGGAGUUUGGAGACGUGAUGCUGGGUGAUUAUCGGGGCAACAAAGUUGCAGUUAAAUGCAUUAAGAAUGAUGCCACUGCCCAGGCCUUCCUGGCUGAAGCCUCUGUCAUGACGCAACUUCGGCACAGCAACCUGGUCCAGCUACUGGGUGUGAUUGUGGAGGAGAAGGGUGGGCUCUACAUUGUCACAGAGUACAUGGCCAAGGGGAGUUUGGUGGACUAUCUUCGAUCACGUGGUCGUUCGGUGCUAGGCGGAGACUGUCUCCUCAAAUUCUCACUAGACGUCUGUGAGGCCAUGGAAUACCUGGAAGGCAACAAUUUUGUACAUCGGGACUUGGCUGCCCGGAAUGUACUGGUGUCCGAGGACAACGUGGCCAAAGUCAGUGACUUUGGCCUCACCAAGGAAGCCUCCAGCACUCAGGACACAGGCAAACUGCCCGUCAAGUGGACAGCUCCGGAAGCCUUGAGAGAGAAGAAAUUUUCCACCAAGUCUGAUGUGUGGAGUUUCGGAAUCCUUCUCUGGGAAAUCUAUUCCUUUGGGCGAGUGCCUUACCCAAGAAUUCCCCUGAAGGACGUCGUCCCUCGGGUGGAAAAGGGCUAUAAGAUGGAUGCCCCGGACGGCUGCCCACCCGCAGUCUACGAGGUUAUGAAGAACUGCUGGCACCUGGAUGCUGCCACACGGCCCACCUUCCUGCAGCUUCGAGAGCAGCUGGAGCACAUCAGAACCCAUGAGCUGCACCUGUGACCUCUGCCUCCGCCUAGGCCCUGGGCCUGUAAGGACAAGGCCUAGAAGAUCACAGAUCUGGUGCCUGCUGCCCACUGGGCCUGAACUUGAACUGAGCCCCAGUGGGCUGGUAGGCCUCCUGCCUCUGACCUGCCUGUCCCUUCUGGCCCCCCAGGGACCCCACCUAGGCCUGGCAUCUCUUAUGGACCCACCCACCUAUAGGGCUUGGGGCACUCACUGAAGGGGCUAAGGAGGGAGGAGGACAAGGAGCGGGAGGCAGUGCCCCCACUGUGGUCAGCCUUCUCUUGGCCUCCCAUCACUCGCCUUCUUAGAGUUUUAUUCCUUUCCUUUUUUGAGAUUUUUUUCCGUGUGUUUAUUUUUUAUUAUUUUUCAACAUAAGGAGAAAGAAAGUACCCAGCAAAUGGGCAUUUUACAAGAAGUACGAAUCUUAUUUUUCCUGUCCUGCCCCUGGGGGUCGGGGAGGAAUCAGCCUCUCUCUAGGGACCGAUCACCCCAGCCUGUUCCCCAUCCCGUGUUCCAUGUCCAGUGUUGCCUCGGUCGCCUCUGUUUGCGCUUGACCAUGUUGCACUGUUUGCAUGUGCCCGAGGCAGGCGUCUGUGCUGUGGCCGCUCACCCACCGCCUUGUGAGUUGGAAUCGUAAUAAACCACUCCCAUGAGGACACCGCCA